UCUCUACUCCCAAAUCCUUCCAUGGCUUCCUCUCAAAUUCAACAACCACCACUUCCCACCACCACAAUCACCAUUGAGUCCAUUGAAUCGUCUCUUCAAAAUCUCAUCAAGAACUGGCAGAGAAGGCAGAGAUGGCAGAGAUGGAAGCACGUGUUCAGCUCUAGACAACAAGAUAAUCUUGGUCACCAUAAGAGAGCUCCAUGGAGAAUCCACCUUGCCAGUUUCCUAGAGUCAACCCCUGUCCAUGUUUUCUCUAUUUGUUUGCUUCUCACAGACCUCAUAUUCACUGUCCUUGAAAUUUCCUCCUCUCUACUGUCCUGCUCUACCAAGGAGAACAAGAAGGGAGAAACUUGGUACCAUUGGGUUGGGAUUGGCAUACUUGGCCUGCUUUGUAUAAAGAGCAUUGCACUGGCUAUAGCGCUUGGGUUUUCGUUCUUUUGGCGACCCGGGUAUGUGGUUGAUGGCGCAGUUGUGAUCGGGGCAUUGUUCUUGGAAGCCUUUCUGGAGGGGAAAGGAGGAGGGUUGCUUGUGGUGGUGAGCUUGUGGAGGGUGGUGAGGGUGGUGGAGAGCGUGUUCGAGCUGAGUGAUGAGGCCAUUGAAGCACAGAUUGAAGCGGUUUUACGCGAGUUUGAGGCACUAAGGGGUGAGAACAGAAGGCUAUUAGAAGUGAUCGGUGAGAAGGACAAAUUGAUUGAGAAGCUCCAAGAAGAACUCGAUCACUGCAAACAGGCUUGUAAUUAAUCCUUUAUCAGUCUAGUAACUUACAUUGUAUUUGCUGAUAAUUAUGCAGCCUGGAUUAGUUGCUUCCAAGCCAACAUUGAAAAAGUUGCAUGCAGCAAAAUUACUUGGUUUUCUAAAGUAUAUAUGUACUCUAUCAUUCCUUGUAUUGUCUUUUAA